AUGUCAACAAAGCACGCAUUGGAAUCUGUGGCUGUAGAGGACCAUGAACCUCUUUCGAAGCGGCCAAAUACCUCAGGCAUAGCUCACAUUAAGCCCGAGUUUGUAGUUAAAGCUGAUGCUGCCGCCGUCAAGAACACGUCUUCAACCGCCAAUGACGAGGAAGAGCCAGUUUCUGACCGUAUAGCCACCGGCAACACUGCGGGCAAGAAGGGCAAGUCAAAAAAACGCGGUCAGAAUAAGAAGCGUAAUAUUACCCAGGUCAAAGAACAGUACCAGCUGUGCUCGAAACUUGUACUGGGGAAAGACCCAAACGAAGAAUGCCCGUUUGGCGAAAGCUGCCGUUACGUGCACGACAUAGAUCUAUACCUCGCCCACAAGAAGCCCGAGAUCCAAAGCGAGCAAUUCUCGGUCUGUCCUGUGUUCGAAACCUUAGGCCGAUGCCCAAUGGGUUUCAAAUGUAGGUUUCUAAGCUCUCAUAGUGACCCAGAAACCAAGCAAUUGCAAUUCAAACCAGAACAGGAUGUCAAGUUGCUCUACGACGCCAACCACGAGGUAAAUGUCAUUGCCGCCGACAAGAAACUCGAUCUGAUUAAAAAGAGAUUUUCGUUUGAGAAAAGUGACUUCGUGCUGGAAAUCAUAGAUGCUAUUCAGCAGGAGUUCAGAGAUGGGCUCAACGAGGAGAAGCAGGCCGCAGCAAAGGCACAAAAGGAACAUUCUGGCACCGAGCAGGACCAGGAACAGGACAAGGCGCCUCAGGUUUUGCAAAGAGAACAGGAACAGAAAGAUAAGCGCAACCGUCAAAAGGAGCUGUAUCUUGAGUAUAAGGAUACCCGGUUCUUUGCCCAGGAAAAAAAACGUUUGGAUUUGAAAAAUAAGAAGAUCGUAUCGCCAUUAACCACGGUCGGAAACUUACCAUACCGUCGUCUGAUGCGUAAAUUAGGCGCAGACGUCACUUACUCUGAAAUGGCUCUUUCUGUACCUUUGAUCCAAGGCACAAACUCCGAAUGGGCACUUCCAAAGGCGCACGUUUCUGAAAUUCCUGGUUUUGGAGUCCAGAUUGCGUCUGCCAAAGCCUGGCAAGCGGCUAAAGCGGCCGAGGCAUUGGCCAAUUUUGCUCCCGACAUCAGUGAGAUCAAUUUGAACUCCGGAUGCCCUAUUGAUCUACUGUACAGACAGGGAUCCGGAAGUGCUCUUCUGGAUAAUCCAGCGAGAAUGAUUAGAUGUCUCAACAGCAUGAACUACGUUACAGGAGAUAUCCCAGUCAGUGUAAAAAUUCGCACAGGAACAAAGGAUGGUCAUCCCAUGGCGCAAGGUUUAGUACGCCGAUUAGUCAGUGAGACAGACGUUGCUGCUAUCACAUUGCAUGGGCGUACAAGACAACAGCGUUAUACUAGAAAUGCAGAUUGGGACUACGUUAAACAAGUCUCUGCAACGUUGAGAGAGGCAGAGGCAGAAUCGCAGGAAAGGGAGAAGGAUAAGAGAGAGUCACAGCAGCGAAUUCAAUUUGUCGGGAAUGGUGAUAUCAACAAUUUUGAGGAUUGGUACAAGCAUAUGGAAGACGAAAACAUGGAUAGUGUAAUGGUUGCUAGAGGAGCUUUGGUGAAACCUUGGAUUUUCGAAGAAGUGGAAGCUCAGCAACAUUUGGAUAAGAGUAGUCAGGAACGUUUAGAGCAUUUGAAAGAUUAUGCUCGGUUUGCUAUGGAUCAUUGGGGAACAGAUGAAUAUGGUAUUUCUCAAGGUCGCCGGUUUUUCUGCGAAUUCAUGUCAUUUUUCCAUCGCUAUGUUCCUAUGGGAAUUUGUGAGAGAUAUCCUGUGUUACUCAACGAAAGGCCUCCAAACUGGAAAGGCAGAAACGAUUUAGAGACUUUGAUGGGUAGCACGGAUGUGAACGAUUGGAUCAAGUUGAGUGAAAUGUUUUUUGGUAAAACAGAUGACAGUUUUGUAUUUUUACCAAAACAUAAGAGUAACUCGUAUGCAAAUUGA